AUGCCCUGGCCAGCUGUCGAGCGAGCCUGGUCGGUCGAUCGGGAUGUCGAACAGCCCUUUGGCACCCGGCAAUCAUCUCAUCUCAAGUCCGAAGCCCAGCUAAGCCUUGAAAAAAACCUACAGGGAAAUCACCAAGUCGGCACCUCGGCACAUGCCCGGUCAAGCCUUGUUCCCGAUACUCAGCCGCGCGAUGCCAAACCUCGUCUCCUUCUGAUGGGCCUUCGCCGUCAUCCAUCGCCAGUGUCGUCUUUCACAAGAUGCCCCCCCAACGAGACACUCUUCCUUGAAUCCACCACUCGGAUCCAGAAGGAUUCCAUCCACUCUUUCAUGGACUUCCAAGUCUGGGACUUUCCCGGACAGUUGGAAUACCUUGAGCCGUCUUUCGAUCUGGAGGAUAUCUUCGGAAGCUUAGGCGCACUCGUCUGGGUCAUCGAUGCCCAAGACGACUACCUCGACUCGGUUGCGCGGUUGAACCGCACCAUUUUAACUGUACAACAGUACUACCCCGGCAUCAACAUUGAAGUCUUCAUCCACAAAGUGGACGGGCUAUCCGAUGAAUACCGCCAAGAUACCUUCCAGGACAUUGUCCAGCGAAUCUCCGACGAAUUGAGCGACGCGGGUUAUGAAAACGCGCCUGUUCACUAUUAUCUCACCUCCAUCUACGACUACUCCGUCUUCGAAGCCUUCAGCAAGGUCAUCCAAAAGCUCAUCCCCAACCUCUCCACCCUCGAAAACCUGAUCAACACGCUCUCGAACAACUGCGGGUUCGAGAAAACGUAUCUAUUCGACGUUCUCAGUAAGAUUUACAUUGCUUCCGAUACCCGACCUGUCGAUAUGGCCUGCUACGAAAUGUGCUCCGAUUACAUCGAUGUGAUUGUCGAUAUCUCCGAACUGUACUCAUGGGACCACCCGCUCCGAAAGGCGAAAGGCGAACAGGUGCAGGAGGCAGAGAGUCAUGUCGUACUGCACGACGAGACGAUGAUUCAUCUCAUGGAAAUGAACAAGUACUUGUGCCUUGUCUCGGUGAUUAGGAACCCCGAGGCCAAGGAGAAGAAGGGACUUAUCGAUAUGAACUGUCGCACCUUCCAGGACGCGUUGAAUGAAGUUUUCUCUCGGUCCUGGGAACAGGAGCAGGAAGAGCAGGCGGCGCGGGAUCGCGAUGGUCAUUAA